AAUGAUUUCAUUUAUUUAAGAUUCAAGAAAAUGCAAACUAGUCUCUACUGACAGAAAGUGGUUGCUUCGGUAUGAAGUUGGAAAGAGAGAUGGAUUACAAAGGCACAAGAAAACUUUUGGGAAUGACAGAAGAUUAUGUUUAUUGUAGUAGUGGUUUAAUGGGUACACAUAUAUGUCAAAACUGAUCAAACCAAACUUACGGCUUUAUACAUGUGCAGUGUAGAGGUCUUCAACUUUAACUGAAUAAAGUUUUUUUAAAAAAUGGGUAUAAAAAUAACAUCUUCAGCCUGUUGUAGGGAUUCAUUGAAUAUGUUAAACCACUUUCUCAUAAUACCUGGCUCUGAGUUUGAUGCCACUGACACUUAGAUAUCAAACUCAACCUCUCUAACAAGCUCUUCAUCCAAAGAGACUAGGGGUAAAGACUGUCUAAGACUAUACAGAAAGAUCAUGUAUCUGAGGAAUUAAAAAUAGGGCAUAAGAUUUGGCAAUGUGUCACUUGGUAAACUCAACAAACUAGUAUUAUCAAGGCAAAAAAUAUAUAUACGAAAAGUAAGAACUGGGUUAAAAAUUUUUUUUCUAUGGACUUUUAACGUAAUAACUCAUGACACAGGGGUUAGGAUCUUCAGUUUUCCUUUGGAAGUUAAUAAAAACCACUAUAGAGAAAAACAAGAUUUGCUAGUAAGAAGGUGAAAACUGCUUCUCCUCUCAGGGUUCUAGUUCUCUUGCAACCUAAAACAAAGGAACCAGGCCGGGCGCAGUGGCUCACGCCUGUAAUCCCAGCACUUUGGGAGGCCGAGGCGGGUGGAUCACGAGGUCAGGAGAUCGAGACCAUCCUGGCUAACACAGUGAAACCCCGUCUCUACUAAAAAUACAAAAAAUUAGCCGGGCGAGGUGGCGGGCACCUGUAGUCCCAGCUACUCGGGAGGCUGAGGCAGGAGAAUGGCGUGAAUCCCCGGGGGGCGGAGCCUGCAGUGAGCCGAGAUCGCGCCACUGCACUCCAGCCUGGGCGACAGCGAGACUCUGUCUCAAAAAAAAAAAAACAAACAAACAAAAAAAAAAACAAAGGAACCAGACAGGAUAACCACUUUUGUACCGUACAGUUCCAAACAUUAAUCACUCCAUUCACUUAUCUUUUCUAUUUCCUUGUAUUGUCAUACAACUGUCUCUUGGUUUAAAUACUUUUCUGCUUGUCUUCUCUCUCUCUCUCCUCCUGGUUUAUUUUCAUCCAGAUGUGGAUUUUCCCCAAAGUUUCCAUCUUAUUCUUUUCUCCUCCUCUGUGUAUGCGCCACUGAAGUUAAGAUUGCCACAUUCAAACUCCCCACAUAUUCACACCCCCAUUCCCAAUAUACAGUAUCUCACCCAAUGUUUAUCACUCCGAAUACAUUCCUAGAAUCCAAAGAUCUGGAGCAGGGAGAAAAAGAAAAGGCGCCUACCAGAUGCCUGUAACAGUCUACUAGGCGCUACAAGUACAUUAGCUCUUUCGAUGCUCACAACAGCCCAGUCAGAUGUUAUCUCAAUCUUACGGUUGAAUAAAUUUAAGACCUCUGGCUGGACACUAGAGGCUGGCGAAGUACGUGACCUUUGAUCAGAAUCUCCUGGAGGAGUGGGGUCCCUGACCAUUGUCUCUUCCAGAGAACCUUAAAACUGAGAUCCCAGGAGACCCCUCUCGGAUACUCUGAAGUCAGAGUCACGAUAUUAGCAAGCACACCGCAGCCAUGCGAACCCUUCCUGGCUCAGCUCUCGACAAAAGAAAUCAAGCCCCCGGUCAAAAUACAAUAACACCGGAUUAGGCCUACCACCCUCUCCCCCGGCCCCCAAAUUCUCAGGGGAAAUCUCCUAAGAGUCAGGUAGGGAGGUCACUGCAGCGACUUCAGGGUGCAGAGAACGCGGGGAACUAGGAAAAGGACGCUCCAGCCCACCUGGGCGUCUCUGAUUGGCCGCCAGCUCAGCUUGGAACGCUGGGGUGCGUGGCGUCAUAUCCGCCGGGCCCGCCAUCUUGUUCCCAGGGGCAGUUGGCGGAAGAGAUCGAGCUCCCUGGCCGCCGGCUCGCCUUCUGCGUGGAGUUCUCGCGGUCUGGGUUUCGCUGUCUGCUCUCGGCCCGGGGUCCUUUUGUCGGCGUCCUGGGUGCCCUCCCUUGCUCAGCCGGGGGACAGCGAGGCGGCCCCUUUUCCCGACGACGUUCCAUGGAGUAGGGUCCCAGACCGUUGUCCCGAAGAGCGAGAUCGAGCUUGGCCCCCUCCCCCCCCUCCUUCCCUCCCUCCUUCCUUCCGCCGCAACAUGGCUAACAACAGCCCCGCGCUGACAGGCAACUCGCAGCCGCAGCACCAGACGGCCGCUGCUGCGGCUCAGCAACAGCAGCAGUGCGGCGGCGGCGGCGGCGCUACCAAGCCGGCGGUCUCCGGCAAGCAGGGCAAUGUGCUCCCUCUCUGGGGCAACGAGAAGACCAUGAACCUCAACCCCAUGAUCCUGACCAACAUCCUGUCGUCGCCUUACUUCAAAGUACAGCUCUACGAGCUCAAGACCUACCACGAGGUGGUGGACGAGAUCUACUUUAAGGUCACGCACGUUGAACCAUGGGAGAAAGGAAGCAGGAAAACAGCCGGCCAGACAGGGAUGUGCGGAGGGGUUCGAGGUGUUGGAACAGGAGGAAUUGUUUCUACAGCGUUUUGCCUGUUAUACAAAUUAUUUACCCUAAAGUUAACUCGAAAGCAAGUGAUGGGUCUUAUAACACACACAGACUCUCCAUAUAUUAGAGCGCUUGGAUUUAUGUAUAUAAGAUAUACACAGCCCCCUACAGAUCUAUGGGACUGGUUUGAAUCCUUCCUUGAUGAUGAAGAGGACCUAGAUGUGAAGGCUGGUGGAGGCUGUGUAAUGACCAUUGGAGAAAUGCUACGAUCUUUUCUCACAAAACUGGAGUGGUUUUCUACCUUGUUUCCAAGAAUUCCAGUUCCAGUUCAAAAGAAUAUUGAUCAACAGAUUAAAACCCGACCUAGAAAAAUCAAGAAAGAUGGGAAGGAAGGUGCUGAGGAAAUAGACAGACAUGUUGAACGCAGACGUUCAAGGUCUCCAAGGAGAUCUCUGAGUCCACGGAGGUCCCCAAGAAGAUCAAGAAGUAGAAGUCAUCAUCGGGAGGGCCAUGGGUCUUCUAGUUUUGACAGAGAAUUAGAAAGAGAGAAAGAACGCCAGCGACUAGAGCGUGAAGCCAAAGAAAGGGAGAAAGAACGGCGAAGAUCCCGAAGUAUUGACCGGGGGUUAGAACGCAGGCGCAGCAGAAGUAGGGAAAGGCAUAGAAGUCGCAGUCGAAGUCGUGAUAGGAAAGGGGAUAGAAGGGACAGGGAUCGAGAAAGAGAGAAGGAAAAUGAGAGAGGUAGAAGACGAGAUCGUGACUAUGAUAAGGAAAGAGGAAAUGAACGAGAAAAAGAGAGAGAGCGAUCAAGAGAAAGGUCCAAGGAACAGAGAAGUAGGGGAGAGGUAGAAGAGAAGAAACAUAAAGAAGACAAAGAUGAUAGGCGGCACAGAGAUGACAAAAGAGAUUCCAAGAAAGAGAAAAAACACAGUAGAAGCAGAAGCAGAGAAAGGAAACACAGAAGUAGGAGUCGAAGUAGAAAUGCAGGGAAACGAAGUAGAAGUAGAAGCAAAGAGAAAUCAAGUAAACAUAAAAAUGAAAGUAAAGAAAAAUCAAAUAAACGAAGUCGAAGUGGCAGUCAAGGAAGAACUGACGGUGUUGAAAAAUCAAAAAAACGGGAACAUAGUCCCAGCAAAGAAAAAUCUAGAAAGCGUAGUGGAAGCAAAGAACGUUCUCACAAACGAGAUCACAGUGAUAGUAAGGACCAGUCAGACAGACAUGAUCAUCGAAGGAGCCAAAGUAUAGAACAAGAGAGCCAAGAAAAACAGCAUAAAAACAAAGAUGAGACUGUGUGAAAAUAUUUUGUAAAAGUGGAUCACAUUGAAUCCUAUAAAUGAUUAAAUCUGCUUUUUUUCCCCCAAGUUGAGAUUGUGCAGUAGUUCGCACUCCUCAAGCUCUCCCUGUAGGCUGCAUUUUCAUUUCCUCCUUUGUGUAGGGAAGUGCCUUUGUAAUUCCAUUUAUUGCAUUGGUGUUUUCACCCAAUUGUUAAGUUUGAUACAUGAUGCACAGAUUGUUCUUGCAUUUUUAUUGUUUGUUUUUGAAAUGUACAGUCUGUACAUAUGUCCUGAAAAUGUUUUAAUUCCUUUGGCAUGGUUGCCAUGUUGGUUAAAUUUGUAUAAGGCAAUAAACUGCCACUAAUCUAUUUUUGUUUUGUAGGUGUGGGAUUAUGGUUUGUGUACUGAAGUUAGCAUGGCUGUGCUUUUCGUAAUAGAAUGCUAAAGACUUUGAGAAUGGAUCUUGGGUGUCUAUUAUAGGAGAAAUACGUGCUGCCAAUGUACAUGAAGGCAGCAUUGUAGGAUUAACAUUCUUGUCCACUGUAUAUUAUCUUGGAAGGCUCUUGUUAAUAUGUUACACUUAAUAUUCUCCACAGUUACCUUUAGAGAGAAUUUAUGAGAAGUUAGUUUCUGAUGCAGAGGUUUUUAGGCUGUGAUUUCAUCAAGUCCUUUUAGCAUUCUACCUCAAAGGGACACUUAGUAUGCCUAAAAUUUAUUCACUUAGUUUUCCUUUUUUAUUUGAAAAAAUACAUGACAUGUAAUCUUUUUUCUUGAAUUCUUUCUCAGAUUUUAAAGUACUAUAUUAAAGAAAAAAAUUAAUGUCUAAAGCCUAGCAUUCUUGCAGAACCCUAUACUAACAUGUAAUUGGGAGAGGGUGGGGCAGAUGAGUAGAAAAACAGAUUCAAGCCUCAAGCUUCCAAAGCAUUUUUAUAAAUGGAAAAUCCUUAAAUUAUGAAACAGCUUGAUAUAGUGUCCUUUUUUAAAAUUCAGAACUUUUUUUAUUGAUAAUGGAGAUUGCUGUUUGAGUUUUUAAACUUGAUCUAGAACAGAGGAGUAUUAAAAGUAAUGCUGUGCUGCAUUAUUUAAGACUAUCAGCAAAUUAUUUGAUAGAUUGUUCUUAUGACUUGUAUUCUGAUUACAGAGAACCAUCAUGAGUGUGGAAUAAAUACUGGAUUAAAUCCUUUAUCCUGGGUCUUGGCUUUUCCCCCAUUUGUUAACUUUUUUAAACAUACUUAUAUUGUGGAAAUUGAUGAAACGUCAGUAGAGUCACACUUUGUGUACAGGGAUGUCUUAGUGCCCAGAUGACAAGUGAAUUUUAAAGAAACGCAUAGACUGGGAUUGGGCAUGUGGUAAUCAAUAAUCUUUAUUAGAAUUCUUGAUAAUGGCAGUUCCCUUUGUCAGUGGUUGUUACAUGUGUCACUUGAUUAAUUUGUUCCAUGUCAAAGAUGUUUAUUGGGAUACCUUUUACUUGGACAAUGUGUUAGCAUUUUUUAAAAUUUUUGGACUUGAAGGAAAUUCUUUAAGAUAAUUCACCCAAUUCUUUUUAGAAAAGAAAAUAGAGGCCCAAAGUAAUGAUGUCAGUGCUAGGGCUAAAACUGAGUAUUCUGACAGCGAGUGAACCUGGCACGCACAUUGAUGUUUGUUUUAUCUCACUGGUUAUACUGGCCAACUAAUGCGCAUUCAGAAGCCACCUUGCAAAAGUGUUAAAUGGAGCAAACGAGUACACUUGCAAGAGUCCUCCAUAUGUGAGCUUAACAUUUGUACCACUCCAUUUUAGAAAAAUCUCAUUAAAUGAAUUCUAAAAAUGA